GGUUUGAAGUGGACUUUGAUAUGUAAAAGUGGUGCGAUUUUGUGUAUUAAUUGUCUACGCAUGUGAACUAUUAGUGGAAACAGUGAAACAAGUGCUCUGAUGGUGAUGGAUUCUCAAGAUAAGCUGUUUGUCUGCAUAGGCGCCUUUAGAUACCAUCGCCAACUAUCAGCUGUCUGCUGGCUCAAGUUGCCGUCAAAAUCUCUCAAGGGCUGCACAAUGUGACGCAUCAACAUAUUGUGAAGCAGUGAACUAUGAAGGAUAAUUAUUUAUAAUAAACCGAAUAAAAAUACUCAAGACUUGGCCUAAAGGUUUUUUUUUUAUAGGAGUUUAUGGCUAGAUACCAGGCCAUAAACUCCUAUAAAAAAAAAAAAAAUCCUAUACAGGAAUUGGGUAUGGCAGUGCAUAAAAUACGAACAGUGAAACAUUAAUUUUUAUAUAUUAAGAUAGAAAGUUUUUAAAUAUGAUUAGUAUGACAAACUAAAAUGAAAAUGGAUGAACAAUCCUCACUCGAUAGUGAUUACAGUGACUCAAAUAAAUAUACAAAUUCGAAGUUGAAGAAUGCAAAGAAAUCUAACACAAUAUACAAUUGUGAGCAUUGCCCGGAACAGUUCCUAACAACACGAGCUUUAGUGUUGCACUCACGAUCCCAUCUCAAAUUGAAAGGCGUAACAUUCACAUGCGCUCUCUGCCAGGAAACAUUCAAAACUAAUGACGAGCUGAUAGAACACAAAUAUGUUCAUGAUUCGGAGGACCUUUGCUUUACAUGCAAGAAAUGCAAAGUGGCCUUUUCAAACCAUUGUGAUUAUUUAUAUCAUAAAUUAAGACAUACAACAGCUUCAGUAUUCAAAUGCGAGGAGUGUUCCUACACAUACCAAGUAAGGAGGAGCUUCAAGGGACAUAUAGCAACACACUAUGAUAGAAAACUGAAAUGUCAGUUAUGUGGUGCUACAUUUAAACAGGAUAAAGAUUUGCAAACACACAGACGGAAUUUUCAUAAAACGGGCAUACAGUGUGUGGAGUGUGGGAAAAAUAAUCAAACUCGGAGAGAUCAUGAGGAACAUAUGGUGUCACACACUGGGGUUAAAGUAUUUCAGUGCCUGUAUUGCGGUGAAGGUUUUUCCAGGAGUGCUUUAAGACGUGCUCAUGCAAGAAAACAUACUAAAUCCAAACCGUAUGAAUGUGAGGUGUGCUUACAAAAGUUUAGGGUCAAGAACAAUCUCUCGCUGCAUAUGAUUACCCAUGAUACUGAGAAAAGGUAUGAGUGCCACGACUGCGGGAAGCAGUACUUUCACAGAGACAGCAUUAUACAGCACACAAGAAAACAUAUGAACCAUGGACUAUAUAAAUGUCCGAAGUGUGAGCGGUCCUAUACUACUUAUCGAAACUUGUGCGACCACACUAAAGUUGCUCACAUAAAGAAGAGGCCGUUCAAGUGUGAUGCUUGUGACGUCACAUUUGUCCUUAAAAAAUCUCUCCAAAAACACAUGAAAACCAGAUAUCAUCGUAACAAUGCAUAUGCUAUGACCGUUAAUGAAACCAAAGACUGAUAACUUUUUUUUUAAUAAUAUUGAAUCGAGGAUGCCUGUGGGAGAAAAAGACCAAAAUUCUUGAAACAGAAACAGAAACUUUUUUAUUCAAUAUAGAUUAUAAAUAAUACUUAUUGAAAGUCACUCUUUUGUCUAAUUACCACUGGUUCGAAAAAAAAAAACCUCUGUCCUGGGAAGAACCAGCAAGAAACCCAUUGCGACUUUUUUUUUUAAAUAACAGCUUACAAUCAUGAUGUUACACAAAUUAACAACACAACAAAUUAGAAAUAGCUUGGUAGCGAUCACCUCAUUUCCAGGGGUUAUUAUCAUCUAUAAAUUCUUUAAUAUUAUAAAAACCCUUUUUAUACAAAUUUAGUUUAAUAAAGUUUUUGAACUUUGAGCAGGUCAAAUUUUGUAUAUUUUCUGGAAUUUUGUUGUAAAAGCGUAUACAUCGCCCCAAAAAUGAAUUACUGACUCGAUGGAGUCGAGUCAGUAAUUCUACAGAAUGAAUAUCACUUAUUUUUGUAAAACUGCUUUUAUUUUUGUAUGUGAUAGAAAUCCUUCAGAGACAAAGACCUCAAAUUAAUAAGAGCCUAUAAACAAUAACCUACUCUAUAUUACGACAUGCAGUGUUAGUGCGGAAGCCAAAAACCACAACCGCUGGCAUGCUCUGAAGGAGACCUGCACUCUCGCUACUUGAGGAGUUCAUGCAUGUUACUGCAUUUUUAAUAUAUAUUUUAUUUUUAAUUAUUUUAAAUCUAUAUUAAAACCAAACUAUUGUAUAAAUUACAAAAUGAUUGAAUUUAAUUAAUACAUUUAAUAUAAUGUAAUUAAUUAAAAACAAAUGAAAAGAUGAUAAUAUGAAAACUAUUAAUAUACAAUUUUAUCAUUUACAUAAAAAUUCAAAUAUAUAUAAUACAAAAACUAAUAACUUAUCAUGUAGUACAUGAAACUAUUAAUUAACUAUGCACUUUUGAAAGGAAAACAAAAUUAACACUUUCACUGUCCAGGUACCGCAUGUGGGACCCGGACGUAUAGCACUACAUGUCCGGGUCUCACAUGUGGUAUCCGACUAGUAUAGUAUUUCAUACAAGAAAAUAUCCUUAGACUCUACGGAAAGGAUCAUUAUCAAGAGGUGAACUUGUAGGGCUUGAAAUUAGUGAACUAAAAAUCUUGUGUACCUCCAAAUAUCUUUAUUUUUGACCAAGUUAUGAC